GUCAGAGUCCACAGUCCUAACUCGGCUUCAGGCUACGAUAGAUCGUAUAUUACGUUGGUUCGAUCUUACCGCGAAUUCAUCUCGCGCGCGUCAGCCUUCCACGGCCCUGACCGACCUCCUCGCUUUUAACUACGACCGCUCGGAACGACUUUCGUGUACUUCCGCCGAACCUCACCGAUACUACAUUUUUUUUUUUUUUCUUUCUUCCUUUCUCGCAACUCGCGUCAAUAACAUUCGUACGAAACGGUUGUCUCUUCUUUCUUCUCUCGAGUGCUGGUGAACCCAAGGAUUCAAGGAUAUUUUCCAGUUGUAGGAUACCAUACCGAAAGAGAAAAACUUAGGCGAUGCUUUCAAAAUCACUGUGCUGCUGAAGCUACCGAGUCUGAUCAAAUAAAUCGGAAACAGAAUUGCAAAAUGCAAGCAACACUGCUCCCGUUAUUCUUAAUCCUCCUGAAUUACUCAGGAUGGGCCAGUGGUCGAUGUGCCUUGCAGAACGGUACCACGGCUCUCUGCGACGAACUCGACGAUGUGAAGUACAUCGAAACUCACGAACUCGACUCAUUGAAGAUUUCUGUGUCUGAAUCUGUUCUCCAUCCGGGACAUUUCUACAAUCUGACCAGUCUUCGACAUUUGGACCUCUCGGGAGGUAGUAUCGAACGAAUCGAACCGGGAAGUUUGGACAAAUUGACCAAUCUAAGGAGAUUAGAUCUUGCGGGAAAUCGUAUUGGACACUUGGAAUUGAGUUCUAUGGAUGGUCUGAAUCAUUUGCACAGCCUGAUCCUUCGCAAGAACAAUCUUGAACAGUUGCCGCCGGUUUUGGCCCGCUUAAAAGUUCUUAAACACCUCGACGUCCAAGGUAAUCCGUUGCAAUGUAAUUGCGCUACACUCAAGGUGAGAGAUCUAAUCGUAAAGAGGGGCGUGAAGAUCUCGAAAACAGUACUCUGCGCUGGUCCGAGUAACGUGAAAGGAACGCCGUUGCUUAAACCGGACGCAACGGUUGUGUGCCAUUUCGAGGAGCAGGAUCGCGAAAUGCAGAAUGACGAGGCGUACAGAAACUCGGGUGAAGAAGACGGUUCCGGAGACUUGCUCGAGAAGGAGAACGACAGCGAAGAGUAUGCAAAGGCAACGAGCGUUUCCGCCGAGGUGCUGCAGGAAGUAGAGACACCGGCCCCUAAAGUUUCUACCGUAGCUGAAACGAAACCGACCGAACUGUCGCGGGAAUCCACUAGCGAUGUCGAAGGAACAGUAGUCCCGGGUGAAACCACGGAUUCUGCCAAGACGUCACUCGACAAAGACGAAGAGUUCUUCGUCGAUUUUGGAGAGAACAAGGAGCAAACGUCCACGGUUACGACAGCAACGGAGAAAAAUAAAGUGUACAAAGACGCUCUGUUUGAUCCUGUGGAGGGUUCCGGAGAUGUGGAGGAAGGCUCCGGGGAAGGUUCCGGAACCGGCAUGUUCUUCGACGAUUGGAAGAAGAUCGACGAAGAACGGAAAUCGAACGAAAAGGAAGAACCAUCGAGCAAUGGGUUGUUGGAUAUAUUAGGUAUCUUUUGGAGCACGACGAUGUCUUCGACUGUAAAAGAGGAUCCCGACUUGGAAGAGGAGCAGUUCAUCGACGCAUCUUUGACGAAAGGGGUCGACGAAGAAACUGUCGUGACAGAGAAGAUUUCUUUGGACGAGGCAGUGUCCAGUACCACCGACAUGACUACCAAAGCUGCCACUAACGAAAUGGUCAUAGUCGAUGGCGAAGCGAACGACAUGACGAAAUUGGGCAAAGUGAAAGUCAAGGAUGAGGACGUGAACGACGAAUUGGCCGAAGUGUCACCUGCGAAACAGUCGAAGAAAGGGAUGGGCUCUUAUGUCGUUCUUGCCGCUUUGUUAGCAGUCCUGGCGACUCUCAUAGGAUUCGCGGCUUACAAGGGUGACUUUUGCAGGAAAAAGAGGAAACGCGACGACGUCGAGAACGGCACUGAAUUGAAAGACAUGCAGAAGGCUUUGCUGGAAGCCGGAAAUACGGUGCAACCAAAGAUAGCUUCGAACGGGAACGUGGAGAACGCUCCUCUGGUUGAAGACACGACCGACCACGGGGAGAUAAAAGAUUCCGACGAUCGUCAGGUUAUGGCAGACGUACAAAAAUCCUCGAACGGAAUUUCCGACCGGGCGGAGCCAGUAAAACCGCCGCGUGCGGUCACUCCGCAAAAUGAUCAGAGAAGCAGAGAAAGUGGUGACCAGAGGGACGAGAAUUCUCUGAAAGAUGAUCUAUUAUCGACGAGGACAAAUUCCAUAGAUCCAGUAACUAAUAAUAGCCCAAUUGCCAGACUACCAGGAGUGAACGGGCCUCCCUUAAGUCCCGGUGCUCAGAGAGUGAAGAUCACUUUGCAAGAAAAUCCUGACAGCAUACCAAGGACGCCUAUACUCGUCACAAGAACAAUGGCUGGUGAGAAUCUAGUCAAGAUGCAAUGAAGUAGACACGACGAGGAGUUGAUCGGAUAAAAACUUCGAAUGAUUCGUGAGAAAUAUCGAAGAUGAGGAGAAUUCGAGCAAAGGAAAGAAGGAAUGGGAUGUGGGAAUGUUGAAGGGGUCGAAGUGGAUAUCGGUGUGACGGUGUAUUCCGAUUUAAAGGAUUCUUAAUGCCGCCAGUGUUCCUAGGCUCGUGCUUGAUGGCCCUUGAUCCCAGUGGAUUAUUUACGAUAAAGUGAGACGUACAAUUAUGUUAUAUUUUAGUUGGUAUUACGCGUGUGGAACGGGUUGGUCGCCUUUUGUAGCGCGGAGUCGACAAUAAGCAGGAGGAACGAGCGAUUCUGUGAAACGAGAUUGUUUGUACAUAUCCGCAGAUAAUAGUCGUAUUUGUGGAUGGAAAAUAUUUGAUACAUUUUAUAUAUGUGUAUGCAA